AUGGUGAACAUGCUGGCAGCUGACAUGACAGAAAUGAAUGGUACAUCUCCACCCAGACAGGUGAAAGAAAUGUAUGCCAAAGGAAUAGUGACCUUAUUCCCGUACCUCAGUGACCCAUUCUCUAAGAAUGGCUAUAAUCAGCCAAAGGGAUCAACUGGUGAAGACAUGUCUGGAGGACCGACUGUCAGACGAGAAUCCCAGUUUGUUCCAGAGACUGCCCUGACUGAUGAUGAGUGCAACAAAGCAAUCUCACUGAUGAAACAUUCUGCUGAUGCAGACACAAUCAAGAAGAAAAUGGAACUGACGUUUGUGUAUCGCCGCAAAAUGAUCCUCGACCCCCAGCAGUCAAGCAACAUACUGUCUGAGUUUCCACGUUUUAAAGACGUCAAAAGCUUGGUUGAACAGGAUUUUGUUCUAAUGUUCGGAGAGGAUACCUCAAGCAAGCUUCUGGAAAGGUGGCCGGUCACGUUCAAGAAAAAGAUCAUCAAACAAUGCAGAAAGCUUCCAUCCACAAGUGAGCUUGAAGAACUCUUGCUGGCAGCUGAUCCUCCUGAGGAUGGCACUGAAUUGGAUGUUGACUUUGGUUGGGACAGUGAUCUGUCAUCGGUUUUACUGCUUAUACACCUGAUUCCACCCUCCGCUCAGGGUCGGAAGAGACCAGGAAAGGUUUCCGCAUCCCAAGCAGAGAAACAUCUUGUGGUAUUCAAGAAGACCGGAACAAACAUUCAAGAGCAUCUCGAUGCCAUCACUACUAGCGCUCAGCCCUAUCUCCUAGCUGUUGGAGUUAAGAAGAAUGCAAUCCACCAGUUCUUCAUCAUUAUCGACAAGAAUGCCAUACCUUGCAGGUCAACCUCUUCUCUUGUUGCUUUUGACCGAACUAUUUAA